GUUUAAAUAUCCCUUGCAAAUGCCUUAUCCGAGCAGGCAAGAUCCUAUUUUUUUCUGAUCUUUGGAUCGGCAAAGGGAAAGAGUAAGAAUGAAGUUCGUCAUUCUGUUUGCCUUGGUGGUCCAGAGCUUCGCCCAGUUACUAGGCAAGUAUGGUAACUAUAUCCAGAACAAUUAAUGGUCAAUUUGGUAAAUGUGCUGGGUGAAGGCUCACACAUGGCACAAAAUUCUAUUUCUAUUGAAAAAUUUUUGUAGUUAUAUUUAGCCUCCUUGGCAGAAGACUACACAGCUUUUCCUUUGCACCUUUUUGUGUUCGACACACAAGCGUUAUUAGAGUGCAGCAAACAUAUGUUUUCUAAUUCUAUUUUUUUUAAUUUGUUGCAGUAAACCAGCAGGUAUAAUGUAUUAUAUACAUAAAUAACAAAGAACCACCAAUUUAUAUACUUAAUACGGAAACAUUAGUCACUUGCUAGGUAACAGUCAGAGUGUAUACACUGCGGGAGCCGUUAGCCUAAAUAGUAAUAGUUACAACAUCUAAUACAAUCAGACAACAUUUUUUCUGUAUGUAUUUUAAAACAUUUUAAAUUUCCAGAUGGAAAUCCCCAACAACCUUCCUCUGAUGUCACAGGAGACCCCCCACUCAUUCAAGAAAAUGGGAACCCACCUCUAUCUGGUGAAGGACCACCCCCACUCAAUCUAGGAAAUGGAAACCCACCUCAAUCUGGUGAAGGAAAGCAACCACCCAGUCUAGGGCAUGGGAACCCACCUCCACCUGGUAAAGGACAGCACCCGCUCAAUUUAGGACAUGGGAACCCACCUCCACCUGGUAAAGGACCACAUCCACUCAAUUUAGAACAUGGGAACCCACCUCCAUUUGGUAAAGGACAGCACCCACUCGAUUUAGGACAUGGGAACCCACCUCCACCUGGUAAAGGACCACAUCCACUCAAUUUAGAACAUGGGAACCCACCUCCACCAAAAGGUGGCCAGAAUGGGAAAGGACCAGAUGGAAGACCUCCUUUCAGGGGUCCUAGAGCUGCAUUGGUUGAAGAUAACAAACCUGUCCCUAAUUCACAAAGCAAUCCUCCAGUGGUAAGUAUAAUAUCUCUAACACAUGACUUUUCAAUGUUCCUUAGCACAAACAAAAAUAUCUGCAUACAUGUACAAGACAUCCUAUCUGGUUUAAAAUCCCUGUUUUCCAGUCCAUCAAGAUAUCCCAGGUAGGUAGUUCUUGUGCUAAGUUGGCCCUCUAGAUACACAGCUACAAUCUGUAAUGCAGCACAGGAGGAAAGAGCAGCAUGUCUGCAAAAUGGGUUUGAGCCAGGCACCUAAAUCCAAUGCUUGAAUUGUUUCAUAAAUUUUGAAUAAAAUGGACACGUUACGCUAUGUGAGAUAUCUUGCUGACUGUUACAAUGCACUACACUUUGGGGAUACAUACCCGUAGAAUAAACCUCUGAUUUUUACUGCACAGUGAUCAUGCCCAUCUCUUUAUAUGCCAGAAAGUUUUCACCCCAGACUUUUCUAUAGUGUUGUUAUGUGGCAGGCACUCAUUUGCUUUUACCCCCUAUUUGAUAACAUCACACCUUUCCAUGUUGGUCCACGCUAGUAACUUUAUUCCUCAGCACACUACUUUAAUGAUUUCAGCAAAGUUAUACUCAGCCAACAAAGCAAAAGCAGUCAAAUGUAGCAUAUUUUUGAUUGAAAAAAAUCAGUUGAUAAAACUUUUAAUCUGACCGCAAUUUCAUUAUUAUUUAAAAUGAAAAAUUAAGAAAGCAAUUGCCUUACUUGUAGACGUAUAUGGAAAUCUAAUGGGAAUAUAAUCCUCACACUGAUACACAGGGGAAGGUACUGCAUAGAAAUGAGUCAGGCAUGUAGAUUUCAUUUUCAGCCUGUGUUCAAAAUAAUUUUUAAUUAUUUGAUUUAAGUCAUUAAGGAGCACUAGCAACAAUGUAUACAGUUAUGUCCUACAUCCAUCUUAGUGCAUUAAAUCCUUGAAUUGUGGAAAGUAUAUCUAUUUAAUCUUUCAGCAUUUUUAAAGACAAGGUAGAAUCAAUAGCAGAUCAAUAUAAUCAGCAUUGUAAAAUCUCUAUAAUGCAUUUUUUUUUCAAAAAUAACAUUUUCUGUUUAUUUUAAACCAGAGAAACAGGUGACUCACCAACAUACAAUUACUUUCCUACAGAGAGCAACAAUCAUACAGUCCCCUGUUAACGUCAGGAACUGCUGUAAUUUUAUUUCAAUUUUAUUUAAAUUCUGUUCUUUGCAUUCCUGUUUCUCUGUACUCAAUCUCACUGAUUCCGUGGGGCCCAUUGAUUGGGGGUACCACACAAGAGAUCUGCCACAUAGCAGUUUAAAAUAACAUUAAAUUAAUUACUUUUGAAACAGAGAUAUGAUAUACUAAAUGCAGUUGGUAAUAUUGAACCAGGGAUAUUUUAAUUGUAAGCAUUUUUAAUUAGUAUCUACUAAUGAAGUAAUGGCCUGAUUAUCAUCAAAGUGAUAAAUACAGCAUAAACAAUAUUUAUUACUUCAUUUCGUAUUUUCACCUUCAUUAUUCACAGUCUGGCUCAUUUAAUGAAAAAAAUGUCACUAAAAACUGUAAAAGAAAAAUGCAUGCCCCACUAAUAAUUAAUGGGUGUCCAUGGUUUAAAAAAAUUUAAAAAAACUAUCAAGAGGCACACAACCAAUUUGGCUAUGGCAACAGAAAAAUAAAAAGGCUAAAAUGUUACUAUAUUGGUUUAUUGUACAAACCACCAAUUAGAAUCAGAUCCAAAUGAUUGCUCCUAGCACCCAAGAUUCUUGGAUACGGAACAUUACAUAUUGAAAAGGCUUGCAUUAGGAUACGGCAACAUUUCAUAUCGAAAGAAACAUUGUGUCAGGAUGAACCAGUGUAAACCCAUAUGGAUCUCUACUGUGGACCAGACUUAUUUUAAAAUGUUAACAUAAAAAUGUUGUGUUAUUGUUCAUUAGAGCAAUGAUGUAAUGUCAGCGUGUUGAAAAGAAUAUGGUGUCACUAUAGUGAUGUUUAUAAUGCCAAGAUCCAUUACAGUGCUGGGUACACUGCUCUACCUGAUGGUUUAAUGGCAUGGGGUGUAACAUUGCACCCCACACUGUAGGUUUAAUAUGACUAUUAGGAGGGUUAGGAGGGUUUAGGGUUACAUUUAUAGCGUGUUUAGGGCUAGGGGCUGAAUGACGAAAUGAACAUAAAUAAAAUUAACCAAAAAGUACUUUAUAACACUGUAAUUAUGAAUAUUUUACAAUAGUGUUUAAUGUACUAAUAUCCUGCAGGGUAAGGGAGGUGAGAACCCUAUCAGAGAUGGACAAGGACAACGACCUCAAAGACCCCCACCAUCUAAUGGUGGUAUCCCACCUGGAGGAGUGCAACCUAACAAGAACAAUGGUCCACCCAAUGGUCCACCCAAUGGUCCACCCAAUGGUCCACCACCAGGAAACAAGCCAAGAAACUGGUAAAUUAUGAGUCUAUCUAAAAAAAUAUUUUUUAUCACUUCCAAGCCAGAAAAGCAAUAUAAAGUUAUAAAAACGAAACAAUUUGUAUCUGAUUUUGCAGAGUAUAACAGCUAUGGCAACGAUUUAUUAAUUUUUGUAGAAACUCUUCAAAUGAUUUAAUGUUUUUGGAUACACAUUUCAAAUGAUUUAAAAUUUAGAAAAAUAUGUUCAUAUUGAUAUUUGUAUAUAUUGAUAUAUUUAUUAUAUAUUGUAUAUAUGUUUUGAUCGUUUUAAUAUCAUGAAACAAUCUUUUUAAACAGUUAUCAAAACAUCAUUUGAAAAGGUUCUAUAAAAAAAAUCAAGUUCUGUAUUUGAAGAAAGUUAAUAUUUUAAGAUGUUUUAAUUUGACCCCUUAGUAUCUUCCAUGUGUCAUUAAACAAUGAACAAGCCCCCAAGAGUCAAGUGGGCUCAUACCACACCAAAACCAAAAAUCCAAAUUUUUGGUUACUAGUCGAUAAAUGUAAUUGCCUAUUAUGGAUACUACUACACUUAAUAACAAUAAUGCUGCUCUAUUUUUAUUUCAGAAAGAAAAACUACCAAAGAUCAAUUGAAAAUUAAAUUUAAAAGACUGAAGAACUCACACCUUGUCUUCCCCAUCAAAAUGUAACAUUUAGUGGUAAAUGCAAAUAAAAUGAUCAUUAACCUUGAAUAAUU